AUGGAGCGUGGGACACAGAAUGGAGGUUUCCGGGAUGAUCGUCAAGAACAACAAAAUUUUCUCCAGAACCUACAGUCUCAACAGAACGGAGGCAAUAGAUUUGAAGGAGGACGGGUACCCAUGAUCAAUGGUGCUUUUCAGAAUGGCCAGAAUGGAGGCUUCAACCAAGGAGGGCAGAUGCCCAUGAACAAUGGUGGCUUCCAGAAUGGCCAGAAUGGUCAAAAUGGAGGCUUUAACCAAGGAGGGCAGAUGCCCAUGAACAAUGGUGGCUUCCAGAAUGGCCAGAAUGGUCAAAAUGGAGGCUUCAACCAAGGAGGGCAGAUGCCCAUGAACAAUGGUGGCUUCCAGAAUGGCCAGAAUGGUCAAAAUGGAGGCUUUAACCAAGGAGGGCAGAUGCCCAUGAACAAUGGUGGCUUCCAGAAUGGUCAGAAUGGAGGCUUCAACCAAGGAGGGCAGAUGCCCAUGAACAAUGGUGGCACCCAGAAAGGACAAAAUGGAGGGCUCAACCAACCACAGAGACCUGCGGACAACAACGGUUUCAAGAACGGCGGCCAGAAUGUCCAGAAUAGUGGGCCCCCACGCAUCGGACAAGGUGUUAUGGUCGAGGAUUCACCACAAGGGAAAGUGAAUAAUGGAAGUUUCCAAGGCCAACGCCCGUUGAAUCAAGGUGCUCCUUCUUCCAAACAGUUCGGUGAUGCAAGAAAAUUCUAG